AUGGAACCAGCCAAGGCACAGCGGUCAAUGACCUUCACUGGUUGUUGGACAUGCAAGAAGCGUAAAGUCAAGUGUGACGAGAGGCCUUCUAGCUGCGGGAACUGCCUGAAGAUAAAAGUUCCCUGCGGGGGUUACGGUAUCAGGCUUCAAUGGAUCAACAUUUCCAAUCCAUUCCGCGAACUUAACAAAGCCCAACGCACCAACAGUAGUGGUGGCGGAAGAAUCAAAAUUGAUCGAGAUACAGGACCUACCUACCGAACACAAGAAAUAGACAAGUUUCUGGAGACUCUCGAUGUUGCAGCCGGUUCAGGUUGUUCAAUGAGGGAAGGGCCUUUUACUGUAUUCCCGACACUUCAAACGGAUGCUGAGAAUGGUGACACCAACAAGGAAUCUUUUAAAUCCAAACCUCCAGGCCAAGCCUCGACCAGCCGGGGUUUUCAACACGCUGACGACUCAUCAAGCAUGGCCCAGAGUGAUGUGUUCACGUCACAUGAUGUACCAGAACUUCCCAGCGACAACAACAACAGAUUGCCCCUCGAGUGA